AUGUCGAGUCUCGCUGCGGAAUCAUGGAGCUGGUACGGGCUCACUUGGUUGGUGGUCAUCACAAGAAUGGCAUCACAAAUCUUGCUGAGAGGCUCUGUGAAGAAGCUCAAGCUGGACGAUUACCUGAUGAUAAUUGCCAUGAUGACCGAUACGGUGCUCAUAGUUGCGAUGAACAUUAUCUCAAAUACGAAUAGCAAUCUAAUCGAUCCAAAUAAUCCGACAUCGCUAUCACCAGAAGACAUCAGGCAACGAGAAUUUGGGUCUAAGAUGGUGCUCUUGGCAGAACAGAUGCAGUGUGUAACCAUUUGGUUGGUUAAAGCUUGUCUGUUGCUAAUGUAUCAUCGUUUAACCCUGAGUUUAAAGGGCAACUUGGCCGUCAAGAUUGUGGCAUGCUACGUCGCCUUCGGCUUCGUGUUGAUGGAGAUUUUGUAUUUGGGAGUCUGGUGCAGACCCUUCAAUCAGUAUUGGGCAGUUCCCCCGAAUUCAACGCAAUGUUCCGCGGCUACGAAUCAUCUCAUUACCAACGCGGUGCUGAACAUCUCGUCGGACAUAAUGAUCAUCCUCAUUCCCAUGCCCGUCUUCUUACAGUCGCGCCUUGCGAUGAAGAAGAAACUGAUAUUGAUUGGAGUUUUCGCCCUGGGUGGCUUCACGAUAUUAUCAGCGAUCCUCAACAAGUUCUAUAGCUUUAAUGAGCCAUUUGGAUCGGCGUGGACAUUUUGGUAUAUUAGGGAAUCAUCUACCGCCAUUAUUGUCGCCAACCUUCCAUUAACAUGGACUGUUUUCCGACGAAUGUUCAACUUGCGAUCCUUCAAUAACAGCGAGUAUUCUUCAAAGAACCGAAGCGGACAUCCCAACUCCACUGCCGCACGAUCCCAGGGCCAAACACAUGGCCGUACCCAAAAUCGCAGUUACAUCAAACACGAUGAUGCCAACGACAACGACCUGACAGGUAGCCAGGACGACAUCACGAAAGGGUACGGAAUCUCACUCAAAAUUUACCAGCGACACGACGUCCAGAUUAGUUCGGAGCCGGCGGAGAGGAAUGAUGGACGACAGUCGUCGAAUGAAUCACUAGCGGACGGUCUGACAACAACCAUUAAAGGUGGUGCUCCUCGAUCUUUCUUGCAUGAUCCGGAGACUUCGUCGGACAAAUCAUAUCCUGCUGUAAAAGUAAACUCUAGCGUAUAA